AUGAUCGUUCGGACUUUGUUUCUUACCUUCUAUCCGGUUGUCCCGCGCUGCCCUGGUCAAGCUCACACUUCGCUGCUAUUCCGGUCUUCUGUUAAUGCGAGCACGAAAUCGAUGUCAGAUAACUGUGAGGCAGGCAUUACGUCAUUGGCAUUCAACGAGUGA